AUGGCCGGGCACAGGUUGAAAAACACUGUGAGCAGCAGGAAGCUGAACUUCUGCGCCACGCCACCCAAACAUCAGACCAAGGGGCACCCGAUCAGAGGGCAGGAUCUUGCGACUCAUGAACGACAACAAACUGCCUGCAAAACAAAAGCUGCAGCGAUCGGCAGAUUAAGUGAAUCCAACAUGGAGUGCUGUAGCGUUUUAGAAUUCCAUGUCAUGAAAGCAUUCACUGUGUUCAGUCUGCGUUUGUGUUUUAAAUCUCCACACGGUCAGCCAUCGGGCGGAACGUGGUUCAGGAGACCCAUGCGAAAAUACUACAUGAAGAUCAGCCACACCACGGCCGCGGUAUGGUUCCAUCAGUCAAGUGUGUCUGGUGGCCGGUCCGUAAUGAAGAAAAAGAGCUCUCACAAGCACAGACACAUGCGUCACAGUCCUCUCAGUGAAAGCAUCGUGGGCUGUCGAAUACGACACAAAUGGAAGGAAGACGUCUACAGUCCGGUGUCUCGGUGGACGGGGACAGUACUGGUCCAAGUGUCUGUCAACUCGUCUCUGUACCUCAUCAAGUACGAUGGAGUGGACUGCGUCUACGGCCUGGAGAUCUUCACCGAUCAGAGGGUUCAGAAUCUGGAGAUUUUUCCCGGGGAAAUCGCCUCGUUUCGGGUCAGUGACACUCGUCUUGCGGAUCAGCUGCUGGGACGGCCGGUGGUUCAUCUGUUUGAGACGGAGGAUGGCUCCAAGGAGGAGUGGAGAGGUCUGGUGCUCUCCAGGGCUCCCAGCAUGCCUGCGUGGUUCUUCAUAACUUAUGAGAAAGACCCCAUGCUGUACAUGUACCAGCUGACGCAGGAUUAUAAAGACGGGGACCUUCGGAUACUUCCGGAUUCAGGUGAGUGAGUCAUCAGUGAUGCCAUUCUUUACUG